AACUUCCACUAGACCACUUUGUUAUAUGCCAGAAGAGUCAAAGAAACGGAAAUUGGAGUAUGGUUGUAUAAAUUCAGAACCCCAGUUGCCAGUUGGAGAAACGCCAGAAUUGCAACAGGGGAAAAAAAAGAGAAAUUGCUUGAAAUGUUUCAAAAUAAGGAAAGCAAUGUAAAGACAAUCUACAACUUGAUGACUGCUACCUACACCCCCCCAAAGAAAUGACAUCCAAUCUGGAAAGGAAACCAAAGAGUUACUUGAUGAGUGGCCAUAUCUUUUCCAGGCAGAAGGAAUGAAAGCACACUUUAAAGAGCUCACUGGCAUUGACGUGAACAACAGCUUUGAAGAAGCCACUACCAGUAAAUUCAGAAGAAUAUCAGAGUACUUUCAGUUUCAGUGCACAGAAAGAGCAAGCAGAGCAGGGAGAAUCCUCACCAAGAUUAGGACUGGAGGGGAUCAUGUUUGUGGGGCAGUGAUGUUGCUGCCUGCCCAUUUCAAAAAUGACCAAGAUCAGUUUCUUGUGAUGGUAGAAGACACUUGUGUUCCAAAUGAUAUAUGCCCAGAGCAGCUUCCACCUACUCCAUGUAUAGUAGUGUGUGGAGAGAACCCACUGACAGCCAGUGUAUACAUGGGAGCGGUAGACCAGAUGAUUGUGAAUGACCAUCUCUUGAGUUUUACUGAGGCACUGUAUCUGAUGUUUUACCUCUACUACAUAUUGAACAUCAGUUACCCUGUAGAACUGUGGGCCACACUAGAAUUCUUGCAAAGGUGUAUCUUCUGGAUAAAUCCACAUAAAGGUACCAAGGUGCAAAAGAGAGAGAAAAAGCGAGUGUACUCUGUCAACCCAAAAGUAUUGAGUCUCACAUCAAAAAUUGCUGCAUUUGACUGGGGAGACUAA